GUCCCGAAAGUACAAAUGCAGCAAAAUGUGGAGCCCAAGCGAAUUCCACGAAACGUCGAGAUGGAGAGGAGACGCAGAUUGUACAGGAAUUUGAAAAUCCAGGACGUUUUGGAGGAAAUUGGUGUUUCACCAAAGCAAAUGUUACCUCCGUCCGCCACAUUAUCGCUACUAACUUACGAAGAGACAGACGGUUUAUUCGGUACGGCGCAUUUUCUUCCUUUGGAAAUUUUUGACGACGAAGAAUACGACUGUAGGACGGUAGAAGAUUGGAUAAAUCUUGGGGUGAUCGAUGGAACGCGUUAUCCGCUACCGGCUACCGUUUUUGUGCCAAGAUUCCGAUCCGAGGACGAAACGUUUUCCCUCGAGGACAAUCGGUUGAACAACCUGUUCGCUUGGACCAACGCUGCUGUUACUCAUUACGAUCGCGAGAGGAAAUUGUGGACUGUGCUCACGCUUGACGGCAGAAAGCGCAAGUUUAAGAUACCGAGGAUUUAUAUUCGUCUGUUCGCCGAAGAUCCAAGGAUCUAUGCGAAGAGAGUGGCGGCGGCCAUUGAACACAGACGAAUUGCCGAAGCUUCUAUAAAGUAUCAUUUUUAUUUGGAUUGUAUGCUAAUGGAAGGCAUGAAAACGUUGAACGAGGAAGAGAAAGAAACGAUCGUUCGUUUGGCUACGAAUAAUUCCAGAAAUAAACAUAAAUAUGUGAUGUUGCUGAUGGAAGAAAUUUGUCUGGAUUACCAGCGGACCAUGUGCGAUCUUACGUGGAGGCAGAUGAUACAGCGAAAUCCGGAAAUGUUUAAAUUUGUCACGUGGAUGCCCGAUAUCGAGGCCACGAGGGUGCCAGAAAAGGGCAAGAUCGAUACAGGCAUGACAAAUUUUCUGAAAGUGAGGCAACGUACGCACUGGAUAACGUUGUACGUUCACGAAGAAGUAUACCAAGCUAUGGCGUGCGUCAUGGCGGAAUGCGUGUACGUAUCCUCUAUGAAUUUAUUCGCUAUUUCUUAUGGCAAACAAAUAAGACUGUUAGAGUUCGAGGAUCUGCAAACCCAGGCCAUCCUUACGGUUAUUAAGUAUUUGAAAGAGCCGUGGUUGGAAAAAAUUACGCAGUCGGUUAGGAUGUGCUUGAGGGAUCUUGGAAAGGGUUGGUUUAAUCUGGAACAGAAGAAUCACGGGGUGUACGAUGUGAUGAAAUUGAAACGUUUCAUGAAUCUCACCACUCUUCGUAUGCAGUAUGCGUUGCGUGUUCUGGUGGAAAAUUCGAUCAAAUCGUACGGAGAGAUCUUGGAAAGGCCGGCGUUGUGCGUCUUGGACGUGGAGGAGUCGUUCGCUUGGGGAGACGAUCUUAUCGAUACCCGAUUUAAGCCUACUGCCAAUCCCGUCUUCCUCGUUGAUCUUCAAAUGGAUGAACAGAAAGCAUAUUACACGACAGAUCCAGACAAAUUCGCAGUAGGUGCAUUUCCGUUCUAUCGCUUUUCAUUCGAUAAAGAUAGAUGUUUAAAACACGAACGAAAUGAAAGCAUCGUCGCUUUAUACGACAACGCGCUCGCCGCUUGCCAUCAAAUCAGGCAACUACAUCCCUUUCUACUCCCAAAGUUGAAGUUCCCAGCUGACCUUUUUCUAAGUUCCGUUGGUUUACUCGAAGACGAGGUAUGCAAAGUUCGCGACCGAUUGACUAUAGCUUACAAAAAAUCAACGAUACCGUUGAGAGCGUACGCGAAGGAAUACAGCCGAUAUCAGUCGUUCUUCAAUCUCGACAUCCCGCGGUACAUCGAGUCGUACAAGCAGGAGGAGCUUAGCACGGCGGAGAUAAAGGAGGAAAUUGCGUUUCAUAUGACGAUGAAACAGAAUCUGCAAGCGACUUUACCCAAUACCAUUGCCAUCGGUCCGUUUCUAGCGAACGUUCGCCCUUUGAAGGAUUUGCUGAUGCGGAAACGGCACGAGUGUGCCACGGAAUUGCUCGUUAUGUUGACGGAGAAGUUACGAACGGAUGUCGACGAUAUCUUGGAAGAAUACACGCAGAUAAGGUACAAAUUGAGGGAAGUGCCGCAGAGUAUCGAGCAUAUAUUCGAGAUACGCGACUGGAUGGAAACUAUACCGCUUCGAGUGCAGAAUCUCGAAGAGAGGAUGGACGUAUUGAAGUUGGAUUUCGAUAUUCUCGACGCAUUUCUAUGGAACAUAUCCGACGAAGACUUCCAUGCCAAGUGGGAAGUGAUCGGUUGCCCUGUUCAAAUUGAGAAAGAGGUGCGAGAAACGAACGAACGGCUGAUGGAAGAGCAGGAAAAGUUCUACAAGAUCCAACUGCAGGACGAGGUUCUACUGCAAGAGAGAAUAGACACUCUGGUUAGCAACGUGGCGAACAUCGCUCUUCAAACGGAUAUCAAUCGUAUACACGAGACUGCGCUCGAUGUGAAACGAAUUUGGAAGAGCAUGGUCGACUGUCGGGAGAUGGGUUUAUUGCUGAAUGAACGGCAAAAGCUGUUCGACAUGAAAGUGGUGCCUUUCGAUCAUUUGCACAAGUUGAUGCGCGACUUUGAACCUUACAGAAGCUUGUGGGUCACCGCUUCAGACUGGCUUAAAUGGCACGACAUAUGGAUGGACAACCCGCUGAUGAACGUCGAUGGCAGUCAGAUCGACGUUCUAGUUGCCGAUAUGCAUCGGGCAAUUACUCGCGCGAUUCGAACGUUUCAAGAAUUUCCAAAGGUGCAGGCGAUUGCAAUUGCUAUAAGGCAACAAAUGGACGAGUUCAAGCCUUACGUUAGUCUCAUACAAGCUCUUCGAGAUCCGGGAAUGAAGGAUCGCCACUUCGAGCAACUGAGCGCGCAAACUGGCAUACAGAUGGCACUCAAGCCAAGCAUAACGUUUAAAUCGCUGCUGAUGCUCGGUAUCGAGGAGUUUGAAGAAUUGGUAAAGACCGUCGCCGACACAGCAGCCAAAGAAUACGCCACGGAACGGACGUUGAACAAAAUGAUCGAAGAGUGGGAAACGAUCGUUAUGGAGAUACUGGCGUAUAAAACCACUGGAACGUAUAUAAUAAAGGUGGCAGAGGAAAUUACGAUGCUACUAGAGAACCAUAUACUCGGCGUACAGCAGCUGGCGUUCAGCCCGCUGAAGACCGUUUUCGAGGACGAGAUUACCGAAUGGGAGUAUAAAUUAAAGUUGACGGAGCAAGUGCUGAUUUUAUGGAUCGAAGUACAAAGGUGGGAGGGAUCGAGCGAAAGAGCGAAUCGUUUGUUUAACGAUAAGAACGUGCUCGAUUACAGAGAUUGGAUGUAUCUGGAGCCAAUAUUUACUUCGGAGGACAUUAAGGUUCAGCUGCCGGUGGAGACUAGAAAGUACAAUGCGAUGGAACGCAACUGGAGACGAAUCAUGAAGAACGCCUAUGAAAAUCCCUAUGUUAUCAAAAUAUGCCCCGACAUCAAUCUACUGGAGAGCCUUCAAGAGUGUCAAAGUUUGCUGGAGGUAGUGCAGAAAGGUCUAUCGAACUACUUGGAGAUGAAACGACGAAUCUUUCCUCGAUUCUACUUUCUCAGCGACGAGGAACUUUUGGAGAUCCUGGCCCAAGCGAAGAACGUGCAAGCGGUGCAACCGCACCUUAGAAAGUGUUUCGAGAACAUUCAAGAAGUGAAGUUCGAGGAGGAUCUACAGAUCACUCGGAUGUACUCUGCCGAGAGGGAGGAAGUGCUGCUCGAUCCACCGAUGUACCCGUUGAGGAGCGUGGAGUAUUGGCUGGGCGAUCUGGAGACGGUGAUGCGCACCACUAUCAGAAAUAUCAUUGGAGCGGCUCUGCUAGUCGUCGAUGAAAUUCCAAGAAAAACCUGGGUGUACAUGUGGCCGGGACAAGUGACUCUCUGUUGCGGUCAAACUUAUUGGACCGCGCAAGUGGAAAACGGCAUCCGUAGCAAAACUCUCUCCGACUACUAUCACCGACUGUUGGCACACAUGGAGGAUCUACGGGAAUUGGUGCGUGGUCCACAAACGGAAAUUCAAAGAUUAAUGCUAGAAGCGGUGAUCACUAUCGAGGUGCACGCGCGCGAUGUGCUGUACAAGCUGUUACAGGAAAAAGUAUCGAACGUGAAUGAUUUCGAUUGGAUAUCACAGCUUCGCUACUACUGGGUGGAUGGCGAGCUGAAAGUGCGCGCUGUGAAUGCGGAGUUUCCGUACGGAUACGAAUAUCUGGGUAACACUGGAAGACUGGUCAUCACCCCUCUGACCGAUCGAUGUUACUUGACGCUAACCGGGGCGUUGCACUUGAAAUUCGGCGGUGCGCCGGCUGGCCCCGCCGGAACCGGCAAAACGGAAACCACCAAGGACCUCGCCAAAGCGUUCGCCAUACAGUGUGUGGUGUUCAAUUGUUCCGAUCAGUUGGACUUUAUGUCGAUGGGAAAGUUCUUCAAAGGUCUCGCAAGUGCAGGCGCAUGGGCAUGUUUCGAUGAAUUCAACAGAAUAGAUAUCGAGGUGCUGUCCGUGAUUGCCCAGCAGAUCAUGACGAUCCAGCAAGCGCAACAAAUGCGAAUGGACACAUUCAUCUUCGAAGGGGAUGAAAUCGUACUAAAGACAUCGUGCGCGGUAUUCAUCACUAUGAAUCCUGGUUACGCGGGUAGGACGGAAUUACCAGACAACUUGAAAGCCUUAUUCCGUCCUGUGGCUAUGAUGGUACCAGACUAUUCGCUCAUCGCUGAAAUUUCAUUAUUUUCGUACGGUUUUUCCGAGGCGAAAGUUUUGGCGGGCAAAAUAACGACUACGUUUAAAUUGAGCUCGGAACAAUUGAGCACACAGGAUCAUUAUGAUUUCGGAAUGCGAGCGGUGAAGACGGUCAUCGCUGUGGCGGGAAAUUUAAAAAGGGAACAGAAAGAUUUAAACGAACAGCAGAUCUGUUUACGCGCUUUGCGAGAUGUGAACGUACCCAAGUUCUUAAAAGAUGAUUUGACGCUGUUCAACGGUAUCGUGUCUGAUUUAUUUCCACGUUUGGAGGAGAAACACGUAGACCAUGGAGUAUUGGAAACACAAAUUCGUGCAGCGAUUGCGAGGAUGGGUCUAGAAGAAGUUAACGAAUUCGUGAAGAAAGUUAUCCAAUUGUACGAGACGACUGUGGUGCGGCACGGAUUAAUGCUGGUCGGUCCAACCGGGUCCGGCAAGACAAGGUGCUACGAGGUUCUGAAGGAAGCAUGCACGAAACUGAAGGGACAGCCACAGCCAAGCGGUAAGCCGUUCGCGGCUGUGAUCACGCACGUGUUGAAUCCAAAAUCGAUUACGAUGGGUCAGCUGUACGGCGAAUACGAUCUUAACACGCGCGAAUGGACCGAUGGAAUUUUCUCGACGUUGCUCAGAGCUGGAAUAGCCGCGGACGAUUCGAACAAACGUUGGUACGUUUUCGACGGACCUGUCGAUGCGCUGUGGAUCGAGAACAUGAAUACCGUGUUAGACGACAAUAAGAAACUUUGUCUAACCUCCGGUGAAAUAAUGAAGAUCCUGCCUACGAUGACGAUGAUGUUCGAAGUAGCUGACCUGAGGGUCGCUUCGCCGGCUACGGUUUCAAGAUGCGGCAUGGUGUAUCUGGAACCAGAAGGUUUAGGUCUCGAUCCCCUCGUUAAUUGCUGGUUGAGACGAUUGCCGAAAAAUAUGUCGGAAUACGUGGACGAAAUAGCCGAAUUGACCAGGCAGUUUUUAUUUCCCGGGCUGAAACUUCUACGUAACGAACUACGAGAAAUCGUAAACACCGUCGAUUCCGGGAUGGUACAGUCCUACGUAAACUUGAUGAACUUUCGGAUUGGUCCGAUGGCUGGUCGAGACGGGAAACCUCCGCCGACCGGUCUGCUGUCACCGUGGGCAGCUUUCGCUGCAGUUUGGAGUCUCGGAGCGACCAGCGACUACAACAGUCGUCUGAUAUUCGACGAGUGGACGAGAAAAGUGCAAAGGGACAAUCGACAUCCUUUGCCGUUUCCCGACGAUGGUUUGGUGUUCGAUUACAGAUUGCACGACGGAGGCUUUACCGAUCCGAUCGACGGCCAAGAUCCAGUCGCACCAAGGUGGUACAAAUGGUUGGACGACGUGGCUGCGAUCAACAUCACGCCAGAGAUGAAGUUUGCCGGUAAACAGCGAAACGUAGUGAAAAAUAAAGAUACCUGCUCCGUGUGUAAUUAUAUCGUUACGAUCGUAACAACAGACAUGGAGAUACCGACGAUGGACAGCGUAAGAAGCGCCACUCUGAUCGGCUAUCUGUUGAUCAACGACUCGAACCCUCUGUGUGUCGGGCCAACCGGAAGCGGAAAGACUCUGACCGUAACGGCGAAACUUUCAAGGAACAUGCCGAAAAAGUUUAUUUGCGACUUUAUCACGUUCUCUGCCAGAACUAGCGCGAAUCAGACUCAGGAUUUGAUCGACGAGAAAUUGACGAAAAGGCGUAAAGACGUGUACGGGCCACCGUUGCUUCGACAGCAAAUCUUCUUCAUCGACGAUUUGAACAUGCCUGCUCUCGACACGUACGGUGCUCAGCCUCCUAUCGAAUUGCUCCGACAAUUCAUGGACUUUCGAGGAUGGUACGACCGGAAGGAGAUCGGUUCGUUCAGCCGGAUAGAGGAUGUCAAUUUCGUCGGUGCGAUGGGACCGCCUGGUGGCGGUAGAAAUCCAAUAACCGACAGACUGUUGCGACACUUUCAUUUCAUCGCAUUCCCGGAAAUGGAAGACGACGCUAAGAGACACAUCUUUGGAACGAUUCUGAAUGCCUGGCUGUCCGUGACGCCGCACUUUGCACACAUGUUGGACGCUUUUGUGAACUCGACGUUGGAUUUAUAUACCGUUAUAUGCAAGCAGUUGCUGCCGACGCCUCACAAGUCUCAUUAUACCUAUAACGUUCGCGAUCUCGGCAAAGUGUUCCAAGGAAUGCUCAUGAUGAAUCCGGCAAAAAUAGAGCGUCGAGAAAAAUUACUGUUACUCUGGUACCACGAGAACGUACGAGUGUUCAGCGAUCGUUUGGUGAACGAGCAAGACCGAAAAUGGUUCGACGACCUCUUACGAGAUACGAUGAGCAGAGAGUUUCGGUGCGAUCCCGGUGAAAUUGUCGGCGAUGUAACGUUAUUUUUCGGUGACUUUGUUGGGACCAGCAAACAGUACGACGAAAUAACCGAUCGGAAGAAGAUGGAACGCGUAUUGGAGGAAUUCUUGGAAGAUUACAAUGCUACGACAACGACACCCAUGAAGCUGGUGCUGUUCCAAGACGCUAUGGAUCAUAUCUGCAGGAUUAAUCGAAUCCUACGACAGCCUCGAGGAAACGCUCUACUUUUGGGAAUGGGAGGAUCGGGACGACAGAGCUUAACGAGACUAGCCUCGAACAUGCAGGAUUACGCUUGUUUUCAAAUAGAGCUGAGCAGCGCUUACACGUCGAGCGAUUGGCGCGACGAUAUUAAAAAUUCAAUGAUGAAGGCCGGUGUACAGAACCAAUGUAUCGUCUUCUUAUUUUCCGACACACAGAUAAAAGACGAUUCGAUGCUAGAGGAUUUGAACAGCGUGCUAAACAACGGUGACGUACCAAAUAUCUACAAGGCGGAUGAAAUGGAAAAGAUCUUUCAUUCGAUGCGUGGCCACGUGCAGGAAGCUGGCCUACAGAUCAAUAGAAGUAACCUGUUUUCCGUUUACGUGAAGACAGUGCGUAACAAUCUACACGUCGUCGUUACUAUGAGCCCGAUCGGUGAGACGUUUCGCGCGCGUAUCAGACAGUUUCCAGCUUUGGUGAACUGCUGCACGAUCGAUUGGUUUUGUCCGUGGCCGGAAGCCGCGCUUCAGAGCGUCGCUAUGCGAUUCCUCUCCGAGAUACAAGACGAAUCUAUUACCGAAGACGCGUUGAAGUCGAUCGUAAGAAUGUGCCAGUAUAUGCAUUCGAGCGUGAUCGAUGCGAGCGAUCUGUUUCUCAAGGAACUGAACCGGUAUAAUUACGUUACGCCCACGUCGUAUCUGGAACUAUUAUCCGGCUACGGUGAUCUCCUGACUAAGAAGAAAACGGAGAUACAAACGGCGGCAAAUCGUCUCGCUACUGGUCUGGAGAAACUAGCGAACGCAGAAACGGAAGUAAAACAUAUGCAGCAAUUACUGGCGGAGAUGAAACCAAAGUUGGAAGAAGCGGCGAGAGCGACGGCCAGAAUGAUCGAAAAGAUCACGGUCGACACCAUGGAGGCAGAGAAGACGCGAGCGCGGGCGAAAGAGCAAGAGGCGAUAGCGGCAAAGAUGAAGGUGGAGAAUCAGGCGAUCAGAGACGAAGCGGAAGCUGAUUUGAGUGAAGCACGGCCGAUGUUGAUCGCCGCCGAGAAGAGCUUGAAGGCCCUGAACAGAAACGACAUCACCGAGGUGAAGGCGAUGAAAAGGCCUCCGGUCGGCGUGCUUCUCGUCAUCGAAGCCAUCUGUAUUAUAAACAACGUGAAACCGAUCAAGGUGCCGGUGGGUGGAAAAUUCGGGGCAGAAACGAAACUGGAUUACUGGACGCCUGGCAGCUUGAUGCUCUCGGAUCCAGGCCACUUUUUAUACACCAUGGAGAACUACGAUAAAGAAAAUCUAACCGAAGAAAUAAUAAAUAAGCUAAAGCCCUACAUCGAAAAUCCAAAUUUUCAACCAUCCAAGAUCGAAUACGUAUCGAAGGCGUGUCACUCGCUGUGCCUGUGGGUGCAUGCAAUGUACAACUACUAUUUCGUAAAUCUGAAAGUAAAACCAAAGAUGGAAGCAUUGGCGAAAGCCGAGGUGGCUCUCGUGGAGACGGAGGAGGCGCUGAAUAUGGCGAUACAAAGACUGAGGGAAGUGGAGGAAGGUGUGGAACAACUACGAAAGCUUCUACGAGAAGAAGAGGAGAGGAAAGCGGAACUGGAGCGGGAAAAGCAGCUUUGCGAAGAUAGGAUGGGAAGAGCUGUCAGGUUGAUCGACGGUCUCGCCGGGGAACAGAUACGUUGGACCACCACGGUGCUUGAACUUAAUACGUCGUUGAAAAACGCCGUAGGCGAUAUCCUUCUAGCUUCCGGUGCGAUAGCCUAUUUGACACCUUUUACGGACGCGUAUCGACAGACGCUGUUAUCGUCGUGGAAAGAGGUUCUCGGCGAAGGGGUUCCGCACACGCCGGGCAGCGACCCCGUAUCCACUUUGGGCGAUCAAGUGGAGAUAAGAAGGUGGCAAAUCGAGGGAUUGCCCAGGGAUACGCUAUCCGUGGAAAACGCCGUGCUGGCGAUGCACUCGAAUCGCUGGCCGCUGUUUAUCGACCCCCAAGCGCAAGCUAAUAAAUGGAUACGUUCGAUGUACAAGGGCAACGGCAUAUCGGUGGCAAGAAUGAAGGACAAAGAGCUGCUUCGCGUGGUCGAGUCCUGCGUGCGAUUUGGAAGAGCCUGCCUGGUGGAGAACGUCGGCCAGGAGCUGGAGGCGGGAUUAGAUCCGAUUCUCUUGAGAUCGUUGUUCGAGCAUGGCGGUCAAUGGUGCGUCAAAGUUGGCGAGAAUAUCGUUCCCUACAAUCCGGAUUUCCGGCUCUUUCUCACCACCAGACUCUCGAGCCCGCGUUACACGCCGGAAGUAUGCGUGAAAAUACUGCUGGUCAACUUUGCGCUCACCGCCACAGGUUUGGAGGAUCAGAUGCUGUCGUUGGUCGCCAUCCAAGAACGGCCGGACCUCGAGCAAGCGAGAAACGUUCUGAUCGAAUCGAACGCCGAAAUGAGAAAAGAGCUACAGCAGAUAGAAGACAGGAUCCUGUAUCGAUUGUCGGUGUCCGAGGGUUCCGCCGUCGACGACAUGGAUCUUAUUCUCACGUUGGAGGCGUCCAAAGUUAAAAGCGAGCAGAUCAAGGUGAAGAUGAAAGAAGCGGAGAUCACCCAGGUAGACAUCGACACGACCAGAUCGCUGUAUAUACCAGUCGCGGUUCGUGCCCGUAUCCUCUUCUUUUGUCUCUCCGAUCUGCAAUUCAUCGACACCAUGUAUCAGUACUCGCUCGAAUGGUUCGUCGACAUAUUCAACAAUAGCAUACUGGCGACGGAAAAGAGCGGUGAUAUCCAAGUACGAGUGGCAAAUAUCAAUCGGAAAUUCAUGUUGUCGCUGUUCUCGAACGUGUGCCGCAGUCUGUUUGAAAAACACAAGCUUCAUUUCGCGUUCCUCGUUUGCGCUAGGAUUCGUAUGAACGACAAUUCGAUCGACGCGAUCGAAUGGAGGCAUCUUUUGUCGGGAGCCGAACCGAUGCAAGAAGGUGAAAACCCGGCGCCGGAAUGGAUUACACCGCGUUGCUGGAAGGAGAUUCAGGCGCUCGAGAAUCUGCCGAGCUUUCACACGUUCGUCGAAUUCUUCGAACAGUCGGUGACUCGAUUCAAAACGGUGUUCGACGCUCAGGAGGCGCAUCUGGCCGCGUAUCCAGAACCAUGGGGAUCCAAGCUGGACGACUUUCAGAAGAUGUUGCUGCUCAAGUGUCUUCGUCCCGACAAGGUGACCAACGCGAUGCAACUGUACUUGGCCAAAUAUUUAGGCCACGAAUUUGUCGAGCCUCAAACUACCGAACUGUCCGCCAUUUACCACGAAUCUUCGCCAACUACGCCCAUCGUCUUCGUUUUGUCCACCGGCACGGAUCCCGCCGCGGAACUCUACAAAUUCGCAGACAAGUUAAAGAUGAGCACAAAAUUGCACGCUAUCUCGCUUGGACAGGGACAAGGUCCCAGAGCCGAAGCGAUGUUGAAGUUAUCGGCGGAGCAAGGUUACUGGUGCUUCUUUCAGAAUUGUCAUUUAGCCCCGAGUUGGAUGCCGGAGUUAGACUCGCUGGUCGAACGUCUAUCACGGGCGAAAAACCAUCGUGAUUUUCGCUUAUGGCUAACCUCCGCACCCUCGCCAGACUUUCCCGUCAGCAUUCUUCAGAACAGCAGCAAAAUGACGGUCGAACCACCCCGGGGAAUAAAGGCAAACAUGUUCCGCGUGUACUUGACGCAAGUGACGGAGAUGCAAACGUUUAUCGACUCUGCCCACGCGAGAGUUCGCCACUUCAAAUGGUUGGUAUUUUCCUUGUGUCUGUUUCACUCGGUACUACUGGAACGAAGAAAGUUCGGUUCCUUAGGAUUCAACAUACCGUACGAGUUCACCGACGGUGAUUUAAGGAUCUGCAUAUCGCAGUUGCACAUGUUUCUCUUGGAAUACGAUACCGUUCCGUUUAAGGUGCUGAUAUACACAGCUGGGCACAUCAAUUAUGGCGGCCGAAUAACGGACGACUGGGAUCGUCGAUGCGUGCUGACCAUCCUGCGAGAUUUUUACAGACAAGAGAUUCUAUCGUCGUCGUAUCGAUUCGACGAAGAAGGGCGUUACGUUCAACUACCAGACACGGCCACGUUUCACGAUUACAUCGAGUACGUAAAAACCUUCCCCCUCAACGACCACCCAUCGAUGUUCGGAAUGCAUCCAAACGCGGAUAUUAGCUUCGCGCAAGCGGAAACCUACGCCUGUCUGAACACGUUACUCGCGCUUCAGCCACGACAAGUCGGAGCCGCGGCUGCGAGCGUCGAAGAGGUGACCAAUCGAUUAGCCCAAGAUAUGCUGUCGACGAUACCACGAACCUUCGAUUUGGCCGUUAUGCAGCAAAAGUAUCCGGUAUCGUACGAAGAGUCCUUUAACACUGUACUGCUUCAAGAAGCUAUACGCUAUAACGGUUUGCUGGAUGUGGUAAAAACAACGCUGGUGGAUCUGUUGAAAGCUUUAAAGGGAUUGGUCGUCAUGUCCGAACACUUGGAAAUUGUGUCCAACAGCCUGUACACUAACAGAAUUCCACAAGUUUGGCAAGAUAAGGGUUAUCCUUCGUUAAAACCUCUCGGUGCUUGGUUCCUGGAUUUGAAAGAACGAAUCCAAUUUUUAAGAUCUUGGGAAAACAGAGGGAUACCAGCGGCCUUUUGGAUUUCCGGUUUCUACUUUCCUCAAGCAUUUUUAACAGGCACUUUGCAAAAUUUCGCACGCAAAUACGUCGUAUCCAUCGACGCGAUUGAUUUCAGUUUCCAGGUAUUAAAAUCGAUACCAGAGCACAGACCGCCAAAUGGUUGUGUUAUUUAUGGCCUGUUUCUCGAAGGAUGUCGAUGGGAUGGAAACUACUUAAACGAAUCUUUACCUAAGGAACUAUAUACUAACAUGCUUCCGAUUCUACUUUUGCCAGAAGUAGAUCACAAGCAACCUGAAGGAAUCUACGUUUGUCCCGUGUACAAAACUAUCAACCGAGCAGGAACAUUGAGCACUACCGGUCAUUCGACAAAUUUUGUAUUACCGAUGGAAAUUCCUAGCCAAAAACCGCAAGCUCAUUGGAUCAAGAGAGGCGUAGCUCUGAUUUGCGCGUUGGAUUACUAACGAUAUCUAUUUUAACGUCCUUUGUUUCGCUUGUAAUCUCCAUGUAAUUGCUCUACCAUUACGUUUAUUUAACCAUAUUAUUCGUAUUAUUGUUUGUGCGAGUAAAACAAAAUACUUGGUAUAAAAUUACGAUAAAACGACAGAACAACGGUAUUAUUAUUAUUAUUAUUAUUAACGAGAUCGGGCAACGAGUGCAACGAUCGUUAUCGAUCCGUUCUAAUCGUUUUACGUAUCUCUUUCGUAUAAUUUUCGAUCCUUCCUUUUCGAUCUUCUAUAUUCCUCGUUAGCCCAUUUAAUGAUCGCAACCGUCGAUAGAAAUGCUGCGACAAAAUAAGUGCUAAUUAGUUUUUCAUUUCUUAACGAUAAAAUAGUAAUAUACGUAAUCGUAUUAUAAAAUUGUUAAGAAAAUUUCAUCAAUCUUUUAU